GUAGAGUGUUUUCACUUUUACAAUGAGCUCACAAAGAUUUAUACUCCAAAACAAGGGCAGGUUUUUGCCCCAGGUGUUAAAAUACGGCUCGAGCGCAGAACAGACGUGUUUUUCUCCAAUACAUCCGGCAAAGAGGGUCCACACACACCCGGUUUUGCGAUGCGCGUGCACAGGGGAGUCGCGGAGGUCACAUUACAUCACCACUCCGAUCUUCUACGUGAACGGCCCUCCUCACAUCGGGCACGUGUACUCCGCCGUGACAGCCGACUGUAUACACAGAUACAAGCUCAUGCAGGGGUUCAGCUCCAGGUUCGCUACAGGUACCGAUGAACACGGGCUGAAAAUCCAACAGGCGGCGAGCGCAGCCGGUAAAGAGCCGCUCCGUUUCUGCACCGAGGUGUCGGGCAGGUUUUGUGACGUCUUCACGAGUUGUAAUAUCGCGUACACUGACUUUGUCCGGACAACGGAGGACAGACACAGACGGGCGGUGGAACACUUCUGGACUACACUCGUUGAUAAAGGCUUCAUCUAUAAGGGCACAUAUGAAGGCUGGUACUCCACACCGGACGAGAGCUUCCUCACACCCGGCCAGGUGACCGAGAGCACAGACUCCACGGGCAAAGAGAUCAGAAUCUCCACCGAGAGCGGACAUAAGGUGGAGUGGAUGAAGGAGGACAACUACCUGUUCCGCCUCUCCGAUUUCCGAACUAGUCUCCAGGAGUGGUUAAGAUCGAACCCUAGAGCCAUUCAGCCGGAGAAGUUCUACCAUCUCGUCCUCCAGUGGCUGGAGAGCGAGCUGCCCGAUUUGUCGGUGUCUCGUCAGAGAAGCCGUCUGCAGUGGGGCAUCCCGGUUCCUGGAGAUCCCGAACAAACCAUCUACGUGUGGCUGGACGCUUUGGUGAACUAUCUGACCGUCGCGGGUUACCCGGAGAACUACUCGCAGUGGUGGAACGUUGUCAAUCAUGUCGUAGGCAAGGAUAUUUUGAAGUUCCAUGCUAUAUAUUGGCCUGCGUUUCUCCUGGCUGCAGAACUACCCCUUCCUCGGGGCAUAUACGUGCACUCACAUUGGACAGUACGGGGAAAGAAGAUGUCCAAGAGUCUCGGGAACAUAGUAGAUCCUGCCGAGAGCUCGCAGAGGUUCACAGUGGACGGGCUGAGAUAUUUUCUCCUCAGACAAGGGGUUCCAGAUACCGACUGCGAUUAUGACGAUGACAAGGUGAUGAAGUUAUGCAACAGUGAACUAGCCGAUUCUCUCGGUGGUCUUCUCAACCGGUGCACCGCCCCCUCCCUCAACCCGGAGCAGGUUUAUCCUCCGUUCUGCAACAUCUCCUUUCCAGAAGAUUCCAGUGGAAGAGCGGUGUCGGAGGAUUACAAAAUGGUGGAAGCGGUGUCAGGGCUUCCUGCUCUGAUGAAACGUUACAUUGACAACCUGCAAAUGUACAAAGCACUGGAGGCCAUCAGCGCAUGCGUACGUCUGACUAACAGCUUUGUUCAAAGACACGCGCCGUGGAAGCUCGACCGCACCGACGCCAAGGAUAAACUCUGGCACGAUACCAUACUGCACGUGUGCAUGGAGUGUCUCAGGAUCUACGGCAUUCUCCUGCAGCCCGCUGUGCCGGCGGUAGCAGAUAAAAUCCUGUCCAGGAUAGGGGUGAGGUCAGAUGAGAGAAGCUGGAAUAACACACUCGAUUUCCUGUCAAAGUAUCAAGGAGGAUGUAGUCCUUAUGAAGGAAGAGCGCUAGGUCCGGACACUGGGGUGCUUUACAGUCGUAUUGAGAAGAACAGGCCAAACCAUAAAGAAAACCAUGAAAAAUAGUCUCUGAUAUUUUAACAAAAGAAAAUAUACUGUAUUAUUAUCCGAAUUAAAAUUAUGAGCACUAGAAAUCAUAUUUAAUAAUAAACUAUUGCACUUGAAAACAUAUUGGAAACUAUGCAUUUUCCUUAUUAUUAUUAUUUCUCAAAACUAGCAUUGUCCUCUAGAAAUAAGAACAGAUUGAGCCUAUUCCAGAGUGAUGGGUGCAUCAGAGUAAGAACUGAAGCGCAUGAAGCGAUGCACCCAUCACUCUGGAAUAGGCUCCAUCUGAACUCAUCAGAUCACAUGACCUUUUUCCAUCACUUCAAAGUCUAAUCCAAUGCUGUGGUUUCUCAUGACGUUGUGUUUAUGGAAAUGAGAAACAAUUUUUACUAUUAAACAUGGGUGAUUUUUUUUUUUUACUAGAUUUUUUUAACCAUGGAACAUCAAGUAUUUAAGUAAUCUCUGUUCAUGUUUUUUCUCCAGACUAUAUCUCUUACACAAAGUUGACGCUUGACAACUAUCAUUGAGAAAAAGAGAGAGUACUUUAUUAAUCCCAAAGGGAAAUUGUAUUUUUUUUAAAUAGGUAUUUUGAUUGGUAAUUGAUAAUGUAUUGAAGGAUUUUUAACUCUGUUCCAGUAAUUAAAAAUCUCCUUAGUUGUUUUCUUUGCUU